AUGGCAAGCCCGGUGCGCUGUAUCAAAUCGGAAACAUGCGAAAAUGAAAUAAUUACAGAUGGCGCUAGUUCAAGUAGUGAUAGACUCAGCCCAGAGGCAAUCCAGCCCGAGUUGCCCUCCAAAAUCGUCCAUUACGAAGCUGGCAACGCUUCUAAAAUCCUCUCUGGUCUUGAAGGCGGAGAGCUUCUUUCCGACAUUGAUUUACGAACUCCCGAUGGUUCGAGUAUUCCAGCUCACAAGGCAAUUCUCUCCGCCAGUUCUUCCUUUUUCCGACGACGAAUUGAAGAAAGCCCGGAAAUUAAGAGUCUGGACUUGACAGAUUGCCCGGGUCAAGCUGUGCGCGACCUAAUUGGAUUUCUUUACACUUCUAGGCUAUCAAUUACGGCCGAAGGCGCAAAGGAAUUACUCUCGACCGCGGUGCGUUUGGAGCUGGCAUCAGCUCAGCAAGCUGUUGAAAAUUUUCUCAAGCUCAGACUUACCGUACCCAUCGUGCUGCAAACGCUCAAGCGCUCCCGUGGCGCAACAAGCACCGUUCUUCUUGACGAAGCAAGGGCUUUUGCCUUUUCACGAUUUACCGAAAUCACCUCUGAUCCGGAAUUUCUAACCCUGCCCGUCAAAGAAGUAGAGCAUCUGAUUUCCAGUAAUUUGCUCAGUAUUGAAAGCGAGGAAGAGGUCUACGAAGCCGCGAUAAAAUGGGUAAAGGCCGACCCAGAACGCGGAGUGGAUGGCGCUCUUCUCUACCGGUUGCUGCAGCAUGUCAGAUUGCCACUUGCCAAGCCGCAGUUUUUACUGGACGUGGUUCAAAAGGAGCCGCUUAUUAAACAAAGCAGUGAAUGCCAGCAGCUGCUUGAAGAAGCUACUCGCUAUCACAUGCUUGCUGAUCAGCGGCCACUGAUGCAAUCAACGAGGACUCAAAAGCGUCAGAAACCGAAAAGAUCGUAUUGCAAGGAGGUAAUCGCUCUUAUCGGCGGGCUAAAUCGAGACAAGCAGCAAAUCUCCGACUGCUUCGUCUUCCGUCCUCCCACAAAACAACUCCCACUUGCCUCUAACAACAAUAGCGACGCUUUUGUCAUUCGCCCAGAACGGCUUUCUUCGCCAAAUGUAGCUCACGUUAUGUAUUGCGUCGCGAAGGUCAAAAACUUGGCCGUCGCUAGCGGAGGAUUAAGCCAACACUCCGCAUGUGACGAAGUCCAUGCGUUCAUUCCCUCGCUUGAUCUUUGGCAGCAAAUGGCUCCGAUGAAACAGGCGCGUUACUUACAUGCCUCGGCGGAAGUUGAUGGACUUUUGUAUGUUGCGGGAGGCCUGGUUAAUAAUAAGACCCGAUUAUCUUCGGUUGAACGAUGGAUCCCGGAUGCGAAUGAAUGGGAAGAUGUUGUUUCACUGCCAAUUCCAAUCUCAUCUUCUUGUCUCGUUGGCUGUGAUGGCAAACUUUUCAUCAUCGGAGGAGCUACGACGGGCGAUGUUCCAGUAUCAAAAGUGUUCAGCUUCGAUCCGUCGAGCGAAGAAUGGACCCCGUGCCCGGACUUGCCCGAGCCAGAGCGCGGAGCAUCGGCAGUAUCCAACGCUGGGAUUAUAUAUGUAGUCGGCCAUGCUGGCCGCGUUUAUGCCUUCAAUACGCAACUGAACCAGUGGUCGCGACUAAAAGACACAAAUGGAGGGCAUGUGCACGGAGCUGCGACGAUUUAUAAAGGAAAAAUAUACGUUGCAGGAGGUUUGCAUGGAAAUGAAUACAUAAACCGAACAGUGGAAAUGUACGAUCCAAAGACGUCAACUUGGUCGAAUAUUGCCAUCCUUCCUACUCCUAUUUAUGGACACGGGCUGAUUACACUCACUCGAGAAACUUAA